CAGAGAUCCCCACCCCCUCCUCUCUCGUUAGCUGGGGUAGUACCAUCCAGCUAGUGUGACAGCCGGGUGAAAGUUCCGGUUCCGGUGGCGUUUCCGUGUUAUUCUUCUGUAUCAGAACCAUGGAGAGAAAGUGGGCAAAACUCCCUGGCACUAUGGCGCUGCUUCUGCUGAUCAGCCUGGGAAUGGCCUGGGGCAGUUACACCAGCGCCCCUGCACCCGCUGCUGCUACAGGUUGUAGCUCCUAUUCAGGAAGGUCCUGUGAAGAAUGCCUGAAAAAUGUCUCUUGCUUUUGGUGUAUAACCAACAACGCUUGUUUGGACUAUCCAGUGAGGAACAUUUUACCGCCGUCCUCUCUCUGUGCUCUGUCCGCAGCUAGAUGGGGUGCUUGCUGGAUCAACUUUGAGGCACUGAUCAUCACAAUAUCCGUGGUCGUGGGAUUAAUCUUACUGAGCAUCACAGUCUGUUGCUGCUAUUGUUGCUAUUGCAGGAAACGCUCAAAUUCCCUAAUGAGACUGGAAGUAGAAGAAGAAAAUCUAAUACGAGAGCGUGAAAGGAAGAAACAAGAAACUCUUCAGAGAAAGAAUGAAAGGUCUAUAAAACAUAAUGAGAUUCGGAAGAAAUACGGCCUCCUACAGGACAUGGAUCAUCCCUACAGUCGAUAUGAAAAUGAGUGAACAGAUGCAGCAACGCUACAAGCAAGAGAAUCAUAGUGUUUGCCAAUAUUAGGUUUUUAUUUUUCCCCACCAUGUUUUUUUAACACAGACUCUAGUGCAAUACUGUGAAUGUGCACCUUUUACAGAGGUUUGUUUUUAUGUGCAGCCUCUAUUGCAUUAGAGAAACCUCACCGAGGAGACGCCACCAGGGAAAUGGGGUUUUACUUGUGUUUUUCCUUCUUAUCAAUGCUGUGCAGAUGAAGCCUGAGACAUUCCAUGUUUUUAGAGAAGCAUCCGUAUAGACCUCAUUGCAGACUUAAUGUAUUAAAAAUCAUUGGCUUAUUAUUUUGCACUUUUUGUGGGGAGGUGUCUUAUGCAAUGCUUGCACUGUCGGCAGUUUUAGUUGACGCUUUGUAUGUAAACCGGCACCUUUUUAUUAUUGUGAUUAGUCACACUGCAUAGUCAUUACAUUACUGCAGAUUCUUUUAACGAGUAUAUGAAAUGAUGAGGAAAAAAAUAAGUUCAAGCAACUAGUUUAGGGAUCUGCAAAUCCCGGCAUCUCUUGCUCCAUUAGCGUGCCUAGUCGGAAGUUUGCUGCAUGGAGAUGUAAGUUAUUUUUUAUUGUGUAGCCUGUUCUCUCUAGCUUGUUGUACAAUGCAGAAAGUGAAAAAAAAAAUGGAAAAUGAAGCUUGUUUAUAAAUGUCACCUGUUUUACCUUUACAUGUGUUUUACUUUAAAAAAAAAACAAAAAAAAAAAAAA